GCCAGCUAUACCAGAUCACCUACACAGUCCAUGCUCGCAGCACGAUAUGUCAUGAAAUAUUUGAAUAUAUGGAUCUAACCUAAUUCUUAAAAUAUGACGGAGUUUUGGAUAAAGCUCUGCAUUCCCUAUGCUUUAUUAUUUUUGUCGUAUCAAUCUGAGAUUUUGAGGUUUACGUCGGCGACCGCACAAGAUUAUGAGUCACUGGAACUCACAGUAUCAGAGGAUGGAGUGUCUGACCAUGAGAACAGCCCCAAGUUCGUGGAGUCCGAAGACCUGGCCUCUGUGCCGAAGAGGCAGUUCAAGACAGCAGAGAUUGCAGAUGCAGUGAUGGGGACUGAAACCCCCAUUGAUCCGUCUGAUAUUGAGUCCCUCUUCCCCAAAAAUGUGAAAGACUUUCAGUCGGGUUUCUCCCCACCUUGUGAUGAAAACAGUGAACAGUGUGGUUCACCAUCUCUGGCUGCUAAAGAAGCAUCAGUGGAGGAGAAGAGCUCUGAAUCAGCACAACAGGUCACUCUUGAAAUAGUGCAUGCAGAAACCGUACCAACUGAGGAGCAGAACUCGACAGAGACCACAAAGACGUACAAGGUGAACUGUGAUAAAAGGAACACCACAGGGAUAGAUGCAUUCACUGUACAGGUCCUCAACGCCUCACAGGAUCUGAUGGAGUACCUGAAUGCUAACAGCACAGAGUGUUCUGUGGUGCUUUUCUUCACCGCCUGGUGUCAGUUCUCAGCCAACCUGGCGCCUCACUUCAACGCCCUGCCUCGAGUCUUUCCCAGCAUGCAUUUCCUGGCACUGGAUGCCUCACAGCACAGCAGCCUCUCCACUCGGUUUGGGACUGUGGCAGUGCCCAACAUCUUGCUGUUCCAGGGGGCCAAACCUAUGGCUCGCUUUAACCACACUGACAGAACGCUAGAGACGCUCACCUCCUUUAUCACAAACCAGACAGGGUUUGAAGCUGGACCGGACAGAAUCGUGAUGGAUGCAGACCGUCUCGGCCCCCUCCCCAGCGUCCCGGUGAAGAGUAUCGACUGGCUUUUGGUCUUCUCUGUCCUCUUCAUCACAGGCUUCACAUUAUAUGCCAUCCUGCGGACAGACAGUAUCCGCUGGCUCAUACCAGGACAGGAGCAUGAGCAUCAAGACUGAAACUCACAAAGACUGCAAGUCACUGGAUGUAAUUAUGUCAUUUGUCAUUAAAAUUAACAUUGGUUAAUUUGC